GUGAAGUGAGCCAGUCAUUGAAAAUUGUGGACGAGUGUCGGGUGUGCAGUGCGAUAUUUGAACUAAAUUUGAUCAAAUUUAAGUGCAUAAAAGAUAGCAAUGUCGGAUGAAAUAGCAGAAAACGGAACGGCCAACGGAGACGUUCCAGAAAUCGAGCUGAUAAUAAAGGCGUCGACAAUCGAUGGCAGGCGAAAGGGAGCGUGCCUGUUCUGUCAGGAGUACUUCAUGGACCUCUACCUAUUGGCAGAAUUAAAAACCAUCAGUCUAAAAGUGACGACAGUCGACAUGCAGAAGCCCCCGCCCGACUUCCGCACCAACUUCGAGGCGACGCACCCGCCCAUACUCAUAGACAACGGCCUGGCCAUCCUCGAGAACGAGAAGAUUGAGCGACACAUCAUGAAGUCGGUGCCGGGAGGACACAAUCUGUUUGUACAGGACAAAGAAGUGGCGUCACUGAUCGAGAACCUCUACUCGAAGCUCAAACUGGUGCUGGUGCGCAAGGACGAACAGAAGUCUGCGUCGCUGCGAGCUCACCUGUCCAGGAUCGAUGGCCUGCUGGAGCGCAGAGGGACCAGGUUCCUAACGGGCGACACGAUGUGCUGUUUCGAUUGCGAGCUGAUGCCGCGCCUGCAGCACAUCCGCGUGGCGGGGAAAUACUUUGUUGACUUUGAAAUACCGACGAGUUUCCGCGCGCUCUGGCGUUACAUGUACCACAUGUACCAGUUGGACGCAUUCACGCAAAGCUGUCCCGCAGAUCAGGACAUCAUCAACCACUACAAACUCCAACAGCAAUCGUCAAAAGGUUUGAUCAUGUCGCCGACGCUGUCGCGACAACGCAAAGACGAAACGACACCGGCACUGAAAAUGAAGAAACAUGAGGAGCUCGAAACGCCAACGUUCACGACUUCCAUUCCAAUCGACGUAAACGACUUAAAUAACUCCGAGCAGUAAAGCGGCAACUCACGGCACAGUGUUGCCAACAAUAAAAAUAUUGUUACUUAAAAUGCCAAUUGCAAUUUUACAUUUUUUUACAUGACAUACUUUUGACCAGAGUCCGAACAUUCAAAAUCUAUAUUCGAAUUGAUCGCAACAGUUUUUUACGAUUGACUGAUACAUAUUUCAAUAGAUUCGUACAAAGUUGGUAUUUAUGUAUUCUAAAUUAUUUCUACACUUAGACGAUUAUUUAUCGACUGGAUAUUUUCGUAUUCAUAAGUAUUUACUUGAAACCUCUUUACGGGGGUGUUUGUGGCCAUUAUGUUGGUUUCCAUGAGAAAACUUUUCUUUGCCUAAACUUUUUUCAAUGGCAGAGGUACGAAAUAUUUUUUUUUUAUAAAAACGUACACUUAAUUAGUUCUAUUAGGAUUAGAAUAGACACAACGAAUAAGGAUAUUGAAAUAUUUUUGUAAUAUAUUCACAAUUUAGAUUUUAAGAUUCGUUUACAGUAUUUUUUGACCACUUUAUUUUAGUCCUGUAGUUAUUUUUCCCCCACAAUUUUGUAUCACCCUCUGCCUUCUUGAACGGUUAA